GAAGCGGUCCUGGUACCUUUGAUAUUUACUCUUAUAUUUAGUUUUGGCUUGAUUGGUAACAUCCUGCUUAUUCUUUCAUUUGUAAAGUUUAAGAAGUUGAAUGCACCACACAAUAUAUUUGUCAUCAAUCUGGCAGUUGGUGAUCUUAUUAUGUUGCUGGUUUCUUUACCCUUUAACUCAACGUGGUAUACGGUACCUUACUGGCCGUAUGGACUGGUUAUCUGUAAGCUCAGCUUCUUCAUUGAGACUCUAGCAACGGCUGUAACAAUUGGUACGAUCACUGUAUUGAGCGUGGAACGAUUCUUUCUGAUUUCUGGUAACAGAUCAAAUAACAAGAAACAAUUUGCAAUUAUUAUAGUAACAAUAAUUUGGACAUUGUCUAUCAUACUAGCUUUACCAGAUCUAAUCUCGGCUACAACUGUGGUGAAAGAACACAGAAAAUGGGACAGAGAGUCAACAAUAGACAAACGAAAACGAUUAGCUCUAAGCGUGCUUGGGUUAGUGUGGGCUUUUGUGUUGUGUUGGUUACCGCGUCAUAUUUACCUACUUUGGUUUCACUUCGAUCCAAACGCCUUUGAUCAUUUCUGGCACGUGUUUAAAAUUGUCGGCUUUUGUUUGAUGUUUUCUAAUUGCGCUGUGAAUCCAAUUGUGUUUUAUAUUCUUGACAAGAAAUUUCGACAAUAUGUUCAUUUUAUAUUAAAAUGUCAG